CUCAGAGCAAAUCCUCCACUGAUUCCUCCCCUUCCCCUCCCUCUCUCUCGCUCUCUCACUCUGUCUCCAGUAUUUGCCAUUGGCUCAGGAGGAAUUCUGGUCACUUUCUCAUCUCUGUGACUCUCAGGUUCUGAGGAUGGAUGCGCGGAUCUUCACUUGGCAUGUCUUGAUGCUCUGCUGCCUCAUCCCCGCCUCUCUGCAGGGUGUGUAUCAGCGGCGUCUCUACAAGGAGCUGAUGAAAAACUACAACCCAUUAGAGCGACCAGUCAGCAAUGACUCCCACAGCCUGACUGUCCAUUUCACCUUCAGUCUGCUGCAGAUUAUGGAUGUGGACGAAAAGAACCAAGUACUGACCACUAACAUCUGGCUUCAACUGUACUGGACAGAUUUCUACUUGCAGUGGAACAUGUCUGACUAUCCAGGUGUAGCCAACGUCAGGUUCCCUGACAGCCAGAUCUGGAGGCCUGACAUCCUACUGUACAACAGUGCUGAUGAAAGGUUUGAUGCCUCAUUCCACACCAACAUCCUUGUCAACUCCACUGGCUACUGCCAGUACCUGCCACCAGGAAUAUUUAAGAGCACUUGCUACAUCGAUGUCCGUUGGUUUCCUUUUGAUGUGCAGCGCUGUGAUCUGAAGUUUGGCUCGUGGACAUAUGGUGGCUGGUCUUUGGACCUGCAGAUGAUUGAGGUGGAUGUCACUGGAUACAUUGCAAAUGGAGAGUGGGAUCUUGUUGAGGUCCCUGGACGGAGAAAUGAGCGUUUCUAUGACUGCUGUAAGGAGCCGUACCCUGAUGUGACCUUCACUGUGGUGAUGAGGAGGAGGACGCUGUACUAUGGGCUCAACCUCCUCAUCCCAUGUGUCCUCAUCUCCACCCUCGCACUUCUUGUCUUCCUGCUACCUGCUGACUCUGGAGAGAAGAUCUCCCUGGGUAUCACAGUGUUGCUCUCGCUGACAGUCUUCAUGCUGCUGGUAGCUGAGAUCAUGCCUGCAACGUCAGACUCUGUCCCACUCAUAGCGCAGUACUUUGCAACCACCAUGGUCAUUGUGGGUUUAUCGGUCAUCGCUACAGUUCUUGUUCUGCAGUAUCAUCACCAUGACCCUAAUGGAGGGCAGAUGCCACAAUGGACCCGUGUGAUUUUGUUGAACUGGUGUGCCUGGUUCUUAAGGAUGCGGCGUCCCGGUGAAGCGAAGGUUCGUCUGGCAUGUCACAAUGCUGCCAAGCAUCAGCGUGGCAGCCUGUCCAGCCUGGAGCUCAACAUCAGCCAGGGAUCACUGCGACAUCACCCACAAGUAACCAACGGCAAUCUCCUCUAUGUCGGCUUUCGAGGUGUGGAGGGGUUGCACUAUGGCUCACCAACCGAACCAGAGCUCCUCUGCUCAGGGCUAGUGAGAGGCAGUGUUGGCGGUGAAGAGGACGUGCUUCGAACAGGAGGUGGGACCGGAGCUGGGGGACGGGGACUGGGGGCGGUUGGUGGCUUGCCGGUGGAGGCAGAGCUGAACCAAAUUCUGGAAGAGGUGAGAUACAUUGCUGGGCGUUUCCGCAGCCAGGAUGAGGAGGAAACGGUCUGCAGUGAGUGGAAGUUUGCUGCAGCAGUUAUCGACCGGCUCUGUCUGGUGGCGUUCUCUCUCUUCACCAUCCUCUGCACCAUCGGUAUCCUCAUGUCUGCUCCCAACUUUGUGGAGGCCAUUUCCAAAGACUUCUUUAGCUGAGGAGGACUAGAAGAAGUGUCUGCUGUCUCUAUUAUAUUAUUGUCAACAAAUCCCAUGUGCAGACCUACCCCCAUGUGUUAGUUUGUCUCUCAGUAUUUUCUGACUUUCCUACUCUUUUGUGGUUCUCGGCUUUAAACUCAAGCAAUUUUUUUAUUAGAGAUGUCCACCUUUAAAACACCUGACAAAUAUAUAGCUUUUGUAUUUUUUAAGGCUCAAUUAUAUAAGAUAUCAACUGUGUACUUUCAGUGCAAAAUCAGCCAGCUUUAGUGUAUUUUCAGUGGUUUCGCUGUUUACUUCCUCUUUACCAUGAACAACUACUAGUUAGGUUCAGAUCCCAUUACUUUUUCUGUGAUUUAUUAGGUUUGGUUUUGUUCUAUCUUGUUGUAUCCUUCCAACAGCACUUGUCUGAUUGCAUUCUUUUCACAAUUCUUUUCAUUAUUCAUUUAUUGAGUCAGUCCUUCCUUAAAUUUCGGAUUUAUGUCGUCAUGCAUGCAAGCGCAUACACACACAAACAAUCCCUGUGGGCCAGUUGUAAAUGAUGGGGGAGAGAAACUGGAGAGUUGAUGUAUCAUGAGAACAGCAGAUCAGAGACCAUCUGGAAGUCAGAGAGGUUGGAAAGGACUGAUGAGUGUGGUUUGAGAGGGCGGUAGACCACAGCCAUAACUAGCUGUGUAGGACCGGAAAUGCAGCAAAGCCAGGUGUUCAAAUGAUAGAACAGAUGCUGGUCUUUAUGUCCUCUCUGAGUGUCACAAUGAUGCCAUCACCUCGCCCCACAAAGCACUGGUUUGUUGAUGUAGGUGCAUCCAUUUCCUAUUGUUAGAUUGAGUGACAAAUAUUCCCAUGGUUUCCAGUAGAGGAGGUGUUUCAGUAAGACAAAUUCUGAUUUAUUGUCCAAUAAGAAUUAGCUGAGGUUCAACAGUGUGCUCAUCUGACUACAGUGAUGGAAUGGUUUGACUGGUCUGUGAAUAAACAAACUUACUCUAUGGAUGGCUCUAUGGAUGUGUCCGGGUUGUCAUAGGAUGGUUGGUUUUUAGUGGAGAGGCAUGUAGGGUUUAAGUGAUUGUUGAAUUCAAGUAGUGAUGACAUGAAGUAUUUCACUGCCAAGCCAGCUCAGGAUAAUAUAGCAUUGAGCUCAGAAGUGUGCCACAGACCUGCUGACCUGAAUGACAAACAUAGGAUAACACAUAGCAUAUGAUGUAAAAGGAGAUGUAGAGAGUGAAGAUGUAAAAAGAGGAUGCCUGCUGGUGGAGGUGGCGGGCAGGUCGUCAUGUAAAUCUCUGGCUUGGUGACAGGAGUAGUGGAAGUGUGAAAGCAGUCCAAGCCAGCAAAAGGUUAUCAUGACAGGGAGGAUGGUUAAAGGAUUGCAUCGUACCCCCUUCCUGUUUGCACAUCUCAGUGAUAAUGUAUUUCAGAAACCCUCCAGUUAUCCAUGUUAAUAAAUGCUUAUGUGGUAUCUAUUGUGUUGAGAUACGAUCUUAAUUGCUAGCAAGCUUUGAGUGGCACUAGUAACAAGCAAUAAAAAAUUACUUGCAGAAGGCAUUCAUCUACACAUGAGCUGAAUUUGCCUGACUUGAGCAUGCUGCUCGCAGGGUAAACUAAUUAAACUACUACUUAAACUUAUCCAGAUACACAGAAAGCUGUUCUGUGAACAUUUGAAAGGAUGAACAAUUGGAAAAUUAGCCACUGCAGACUAAUGGGAAUCAAUCGCACAGACAAUGUAUAUGCCAUUUAUUAUUUAUUGGAGAUGCUAGAAGACCUUAGAGGAGCACUAUGUGAAAGUGUAGAAGGAAUAUUAAACUAAUUAAUUUUUUCACUCAGUCCUGCCAGUCAGUUAUAUGUAUUUUUUCAGUUUGAUAAACACAUUGAUAUACUUGUACUCUCAGUAUUUUAUGUAAAUGUAAAAAUAUUAUAAAUGUUUGUAGAUGUAUUCCUUCUCAAAGUGUGAUGUCUGACCAGGUUGUGAAUUCUGGAUUAAACCUGAAUGAUUUUGAAUAAACAGUUUGUGUGCUUA